GUGUGACUCGUCGUCUGGAAUCGUCAUAUCGACCUCCAAUUUUUUUUCCCUUCUGCUCUACUCUCCCGCUGUGCUUCGCGCCUGUCACCGCCCCGUCUUCCCUGUUCGGCUGUUGGUCGUACCCACGUCUCUUCAAAAACGAGGUUCCGUCCUUGGGAGCGUCAUCGGCCUGCUUCUUGGUCCUUGGGCGCGCCGGUGCAAUCACAGCCGACCAUCAGGCACGGCAAGAACGGCAACUGGCUGCACGACCUCACACGAUCGUUGUAUCCAGCUACAGCAACUUCCCUGCUCCUGCAGUGGUGUCAUUGGUUCCUGUGAUCAGCCUUGGUGCAACAAACCUGAGCAGGAAAGGAAUAAGCAACGCUAAACCCGCUGUCAUACUACUCAUCCCCCCAUCCCUCCAAAGGCCAUACCCGCCGUGGAUAAAAACAAUAAAAAUAAGGGGCCUUUUUUUUUUUCCUCCCGUACGACUUGAAUCUUGCCCUGUUUUGUCUCCCAAAAAUCACCUCGCUGUUUCGUUCGUUUCAAGAGUCUGCUCGUUGGAGCUCACGAAUGGGCUCUCUUUCGUCAUAACCCAAAAGAAAAAGUCUGGGUCUCAAGGCCGAGAGAUCGCUGAGAUGUUACAAUUGGGCGGUGGAAAAACCAAGACCUCCAAAAACUUUGAGAUCAAACUUGACAGUCCUUUCGUAGUCUUCCAUGGCGACCCUCACGAAGCCGAGCCUGUCGAGCUCACCGGCACGCUCUGGCUCUCCAAUUCAGAUCACAUGAACGUUCGCAGCAUCAAAAUAAGAUUGGAAGGCAAAUGGAAAGUUUCGUGGUACGUUGAGCCCGGGGUGAGCUCGCUGCAGAUAAGAGAGAAAGGGACACACUUGAGCGAGGAACUUACUCUGCACCCUGCCGAAGGCGUUGGCAGCAGCAAUGUCACACACAAGAUUGCACCCGGAGUGCAUGAGUGGCGCUUCAAGUUCUUGCUUGAUCCGUACCUCCCGGAGAGUGUCGAGGGUCUGGCAAGCAGCUUCUGCGUCUACGAUCUGAAGGCAGAGAUUGAUCGUGGCUACAUGAGCAAGGCACUGGUCACAGAGAAGCAUGUGCGGAUCAUCAGGACGCUCGGAAGAGAUAUGACGGAGACAGUGCCUUUGCCGUACAGCAACGAAGAUACCUGGAGAGACAAGCUCUGGUACCACAUAUACAUACCGACGCGCUACCACAUCUUUGGUACGUCGAUUACGGUCGAAUUUAUAUUAUGUCCGCUGUUGAAAGGGGUUACGAUUGGAAAGAUUAAAAUGGAGAUCCUGGAAAGAGUCCAAUUGAAGACAGACGCAGGACGGUUCAAGGAUUUUUCAAAAGAUGUGGUGGUCGCAAGCCAUGAGCAGGACAUGCCCGAUAACAUCUUGCCCGAGCGAGUAGAGGAGACCAGUGGCAUACCGGAUCAGUCGCAUCAUUUCAAGGUUACUCUGCCCCUACCGAAGAGUCUGAAUAAGAUGCGCCAAUCGGUGGAUACGGAGCACAUCAAAAUCUUCCACAACCUCAAGGUCUACGUCAACCUGCACAACCCCGAUGGCCACAUCAGCCAACUGCUCGUACGAAAUCUACUACACAUCUUCAUCUCGCCGAACUUGCCGGUCGGGGACGAUCAGACGAUUCAAGGCAACGCCGCUCAGGUCGCCUCGGUCUCCCACAACAACGAGAAUGGCCAAUUGGAAGCACCGCCGACGUACGAGCUGCAUCAGCUUGAUCAGCUGUACGACGACAUCGAUCCAAGCGCUUUCCUGUCAGGAGCAAACACGCCUUACCGAGCCUUGAGUCGGCACAACUCUGACGAAGAUCUUCGCACCAAUCUCGACUCUACCACCAUAAACAACACGUACAUCAACUCCGGCUCUCGGACUCCAGGCUUGAUAGGCGAGGCCUCUUCCCCCUCCGCCGCUCAGCUCCAAAGACGUCUCGCAGAACUUCAGGGCCACGACGGACAAAUCGACGAGGACUUCACACACCCAACUCCACGAAACUCACCGCGGCAGACGGCGCGGGUCCCGCGCGCCGUCAGCUUCCGCGGCUCUUACCACCAGAACCUCAACCAGCUGAGCUCGCAGAGUCCUCCCAAUCACAGCGAUUGCUUCCACUCUGUCGUCACUCCCGAGGGUGAAUACGACAUGGACGCCCUCACGCGGAUACCGUCAUACUCUACCGCGGUUCGAACCCCCGUUGUCACACCGCCAAGCUCGUACUACGAACUGCCUACGUACGACAUCGCCGUCAGCACGCCUAGUAGCCCACAGCACUUGCCUGUCCAGCCACCCAGGGCCCACACAGCCUGCCACGUGGGCGAGCCCAGAAGACAGAGCAGCCUGAGCGGCAGCAGCGACAGCGGCAGCAUCAGGAACUUCGACCUAAGCAAUGGCCACGCUAUCAACGGCUCGUCCAACGGACCCGUUCAACGCCCGGAGCAGGCCGCUCGCUCGAGACGGAUGACGCCCUGACGAGCCACUUGUCCCCAAACUGCCCGGUGGUCCGCGGCAUGAGGGCUGAUCAUCACCCACUAUCUGUUGCAAUUUUUUUUUAGGGGGGAGGGACUCUAUCAAUUAUUGCUCACGCAGUCUUUGCGCCGGCGUUGGGGUUCAGGGUUUUCUUUUUAUUCACAAGAUUGUUUGGUUUGGGAGGCGACGAAGAAAUCAUACCAUAUACCCUUUGCCUCUCCUUCUCACACUGCUAUUGUUUUUCUUUUUUGUUCACAUAACGCUGCUGCAAAACGACCAUCUGUCAAUAAAGAACCGGAGCGGGGCACGCGCCCAAAAUCGACUCCUGGCUUCGACGAGGCAGAGGAUCACAAUACAGGAAUCGAUCGACGCUGGGUAAAAUGCAUUUGCAGACGUCUGUUCUCUCCUCUUUCUGCUCCUCCUUCUGCUCCUCCUUCAUCAUUUUUUUUUCCUUUUGUCUCUUACGGGCGCCACGUUCCGCAUAUCGGGAGGUUCAAAAUCGGAGCGAGGGUUUCUACGUCCCUCGGCCUAGACUACUACAUUGUUUUUUGUUAACGACGAAAAAUCAUGACAACGCGAACCUUUUCUCUUGCCAUUCGAGUCCUCGUCCGUUCUUCC